AUGCGUCGCAGUGUUGUUAUCUUCCUCCUAACCACGAUCGUCGUCGUCACAUUACUCCUACACUCUGUAUCGACACUACUGUCAUUACUCAUUGAAGAUGCUUCUCGCGAUGCCAUCCACCGCACCGACAUCCCCGCGCCCAACUCGACCCUCAUCGACAACAGACCGCAACUGAUCCCCAAGAUCAUUCAUCAGACGUAUAAGAAUGAAUCAAUCCCGUCGCGCUGGCUGUCCGCUCAACAGUCAUGUAUCAAACUCCACCCCGACUACGAGUAUAUCCUGUGGACCGACGACAAAUCCUAUGACUUUAUCGCCAAGGAAUACCCCUGGUUUCUCAGCACCUUUACAAGCUACAAACACAACAUCCAGCGCGCCGAUGCCAUUCGAUAUUUCGUUCUCGCCCACUACGGCGGCGUGUACAUCGACCUCGACGAUGGGUGUGAGCGACGUCUGGACCCUUUACUGAGCUACACUGCCUUUGUGCGCAGGACCGUACCGACGGGCAUCUCCAACGACGUUAUGGGCUCUAUUCCCCAGCACCCCUUCUUUCUCCGGGUCAUGGAGAGUCUGCCGGGCGCAAACCGGAGCUGGGUCCUGCCGUACAUCACCAUCAUGGCGAGCACAGGUCCGCUGUUCCUCAGCGUGAUUUGGAAGAAGUGGAUGGGUGAGCAUGCCCAUCUGGACCCGGAAACGUGGAUUGGGAGGGUGCGCGUCAUCAUGCCCAGCGAGUACAGCAACCGUCCGUGGAGCUUCUUUAAGAUUUACAAGGGAAACAGUUGGCAUGGGAACGACGCGCGGUUCAUCUUCUGGAUGGGCAAGAACUGGAUGCUACUCACGGCGCUUGGAUUCUUGCUUGCGGGCGUCCUGGGGUUGUUGAUCUGGUGGGUCUAUUCUAGGCUAAUCAUCAUGGGGUCCAGACGCCGCGCUGCCGGAGGCAGUCCUCGAGUGAGUCCGUUCAGGACCGCUGGUGUCGUGCCCAGGGUGCCCUUGUGGAAGGUCUGGAGUGGCAAGUCGCAAAGUUAUGAGUUGGUCGAGCAGCAUGAUGCAUGA